UAUAUAUAGAUCACCAUGGACUGUCAAUGCAUGGUUAUUUAUACAAUUGUCCGUAUAAGACCAGAAAAUCAGCAUACGUACUAUAUUAACAAAAAACGAAAUUGUACAAUUAAUUUGUUUCUGAAUCAGCUGCGAUUCUGUUGGAAACGAGCUGUGGCUGCCUAUCUACGCGCUCUCAAUCUAUCGCCAAAUAACGCGGUGGUCCAUGGAAAUCUUGCUUGCGUCUAUUAUGAACAGGGCCUUAUCGAUUUGGCCAUCGACACAUAUAGACGUGCCAUAGAGCUACAGCCCAAUUUUCCAGACGCCUACUGCAAUCUAGCGAAUGCGCUUAAAGAGAAAGGACAGGUCAAGGAAGCCGAGGAUUGUUAUAAUACUGCGCUGAGACUGUGCUCAAAUCACGCGGACUCCCUAAACAAUUUGGCAAAUAUAAAACGCGAGCAAGGGUUCAUAGAGGAAGCAACACGUCUGUAUCUUAAGGCUUUGGAGGUUUUCCCAGAUUUUGCUGCGGCGCAUUCGAACUUGGCGUCUGUGCUGCAACAACAAGGAAAAUUGAAAGAAGCCUUAAUGCAUUACAAGGAAGCUAUUCGUAUACAACCCACAUUUGCUGAUGCAUACUCCAACAUGGGCAACACCCUGAAGGAGCUGCAAGACGUUAGUGGCGCAUUGCAAUGCUAUACACGCGCUAUACAAAUAAAUCCGGCCUUUGCCGAUGCGCACAGCAAUCUAGCGAGUAUACACAAGGAUUCAGGCAAUAUACCAGAGGCCAUACAAUCGUAUCGCACAGCGUUAAAGCUUAAACCAGACUUUCCCGAUGCUUACUGCAAUUUAGCGCAUUGUCUGCAGAUUGUCUGCGAUUGGACGGAUUAUGAUGUGCGCAUGAAAAAAUUGGUUAGCAUUGUGGCCGAGCAGCUGGAAAAGAAUCGCUUACCGUCGGUGCAUCCACACCAUUCGAUGCUUUAUCCGUUGACGCAUGAAUAUCGCAAGGCCAUAGCCGCCAGACAUGCCAAUCUUUGCCUGGAGAAGGUCAAUGUGCUACAUAAGCAGCCAUAUAGCUUUGCCAGAGAUUUGCAAGGUGGCUCUCGAUUGCGUAUUGGUUACUUGAGCUCCGAUUUUGGAAAUCAUCCUACCUCACAUCUAAUGCAAUCGGUGCCAGGACUACACAAUCGCUCGCAAGUGGAGAUAUUUUGCUAUGCAUUAAGUCCGGAUGAUGGCACCACUUUCCGGCGCAAGAUUAGCCGUGAGUCGGAGCAUUUUGUGGAUCUUUCGCUUAUACCGUGCAAUGGUAAAGCAGCAGAUCAGAUCUACAAUGAUGGCAUACACAUUUUGGUCAAUAUGAAUGGCUAUACAAAGGGUGCGCGCAAUGAGAUAUUUGCGUUGCGGCCAGCGCCAGUACAGGUCAUGUGGCUGGGCUAUCCGGGCACCAGUGGCGCUAGUUUUAUGGAUUAUAUUAUCACCGAUGCAGUCACAAGUCCACGGGAAUUGGCUUAUCAAUACAGCGAGAAACUGGCGUAUAUGCCUUACACCUACUUUAUAGGCGAUCACAAGCAAAUGUUUCCACAUCUCAAGGAGCGCAUCAUUGUCUGCGACAAACAGCAAUCGUCUGUGGCAGAUAAUGUUGCAGUUAUAAAUGCCACAGAUCUGUCCCCUCUGGUUGAAAGCACCGAUGUGAAGGAGAUCAAAGAAGUUGUCAAUGCGCUUAAACCCGUCGAAAUUACACAUAAAGUGGCAGAAUUGCCGAGCACCACCCAGAUUGUAUCUAUGAUUGCCACGGGUCAGGUGCAGACAUCCCUAAACGGUGUUGUGGUCCAGAAUGGGUUAGCAACCACACAGACAAAUAAUAAAGCCGCCACCGGCGAAGAAGUUCCACAGAGUAUCGUUAUAACAACGCGACGGCAAUAUAUGUUGCCCGACGAUGCAAUUGUCUAUUGCAAUUUUAAUCAACUCUACAAAAUUGAUCCGCAAACACUGCACUCUUGGGUAUACAUUUUGAAAAACGUCCCCAAGUCCGUGCUCUGGCUCCUGCGCUUUCCAGCUGUUGGCGAGCAGAAUAUUAAGAAAACAGUCAGCGAUUUGGGCAUCUCAGCUGAGCGCAUUAUUUUUUCGAACGUUGCUGCCAAAGAGGAGCAUGUGCGUCGGGGUCAAUUGGCCGAUAUUUGUCUAGACACUCCUCUUUGCAAUGGUCACACCACAUCUAUGGACGUGCUAUGGACUGGGACGCCUGUUGUCACACUACCAGGAGAGACAUUAGCUUCCAGGGUAGCAGCAUCGCAGUUGGCUACACUUGGUUGUCCGGAGCUAAUUGCAAGAAGUAGAGAAGAGUAUCAGGAUAUAGCCAUACGCUUGGGUACCGAAAGAGAAUAUUUGAAGGCUUUGCGAGCAAAAGUUUGGAAGGCACGCGUCGAGAGUCCAUUGUUUGAUUGUUCACAAUAUGCCAAAGGGUUAGAGAAACUGUUUUUACGAAUGUGGGAUAGAUUCAAUAAAAAUGAAAUACCGGAUCACAUUUCGGCGGAGUGAUUAAAGUUAAAUUAGUAUUAAAAAGACUAAGAGGUUAUGCAUAUAGGGCGCAAUUUUAUGCUAUUCAAAUUUGAUUUGGUGUCAUAUGGAAUGUAUAGUAUACGCAUACAUAUAUACAUAUACAUACAUAUGUAUCAUGUCUGCCUAAAUGUAGAGCUCUGUAUAAGAAUUCAAGUUAAGUUAUACUUUUUACACAAAACAAUUUUCAAACGUUUAAACAUGCUCCUCCCGUACACAAUUUGCCCUUUUAACAUGUUACCUUAUAUUAGAAUCAAAACAAAAAUAAAAAUUUGCUUGAUAUUAAAAAUGUAUAUAUAUA